AUUUUAGGUUACCAUCUUGAGGUAUUGCUUGCAGAUAGGUAUAAAACAGACUUGAGUUUGUAUCAUGUUAAAUUAGUUGUCAUUGUCAACAGCGUUGUUGGUAGGAAGUACAGGAAAGGUCUCGCGGUCUAUUUAACAAUGAGUGAAAAACCAGUAUUAUGGGAAGAAUCUGAUAGUAAUGCUCCGUCAAAGUUAAGACCACCUAAAUUUUUAUCCGUACCUAACAAUUCUUCGCAUCAGUCCACGCAAACAAAUUCUACAGUUGUAAAUAAAAGCUAUUCAAGUAAUGCACCAUUGCAACAAAAUGCUAUAGAUAUUGAUGAAAUAGUGGCAAAGUCGAAAUUAAGUGCUACAGCUAAUGAAUGGUAUCCUAAAAACAUGGAACCUAUUAUGUGUCCUACUAAUUCAGUGGGGCAGGUCACUAGUAGCAUACAAAAUCGUUUGAAAGCUCACAAAGUUCAGCCAGAACCAGUCCCAGUAAGUAAUGUAUAUAACGCAGAUGUAAAUAAUGAAUUUCCUUCUGAUUUGCAUCGAAUAAAAAAAGUAAUUUCCACACUAACUAAAGAUCCUGGACAGUUUCAUAAUUUAUUAGAUUUAUUUAUGGAAACUCUCGAACCUUACCUUAUGGAAGAAGAUCUAAUUGUUUCAUCACAAGUUGCAGAGAUAAUUGUAGAGCAGGCUAUAAACCACCCAAACUUCAGAUAUACUGGAGCACGAUUAUGUUGGUGUAUAGAACAAGGCAGUCCAACAUUCAGAGCAGAAUUACACUUGCGAUGUAAAAAACAGAUAGAAGAGAAUCCAGAUACAAAGAACGUGGUACCUCUAAUUGCCGAAUUAUAUACACAACUGCCUCAUCUCACUGUUUAUGGCUCGUUAUUAAUUGAGGCCUUUAACAAGUUGCUAGAACUUGGUGGCAAUGAAAAUAUUAAAUGUAUAUGUCAAUCAUUGAAGUUGACAGGAUAUUCAUUGGAGCAAAGCAACAAACAAAAUUUAGAUCAAGUUUUCCAUCAUCUCAAGUCAUUGAAAGGAAGAAUAGGUGGAUCUGCUGCAAUUUUAUUAGACUCAAUAUUCCAGUUACGAGCUUCAAAUUGGGGUCAUUCUACUGAAGAACUCUCAGAUUCAGAUCAAGAUAACGAUGUAUUUGAUGGAUUACCAACUAAAGUUAUGUACGACAUUGAUGGAGGUUCAUUAACAACUGAAGAAAGUGAAUUUAUUGCGUCCCAUAUCAACUCGAAUGAAGAUUAUGAUACAGACGAUUUCGAUCCUGACGAAUUAUGUGAUCCCGAACCAGAAAUGGACGAAGAAAUACAAGAGGCUUUCAAGGAAUUCCUUAGAUUUAGUAGUGGUAAACAUUAGUGUGUAAUGUUGGCAUAGUCUUGUAAAAAAUUUGUCUCUGAGUUGUGAUUUCAUGUUUUUUUUAGAAAGCGUCAAUAUGCAUGUAAGCUGUGAAUUUUUUUACUGAUACCUACUUAUUAUUUAUAAGUCUAUACCUAAAUUGAUGUAUACAUCACAAUCCCAAUAAAAUGUUUUUAUUUUAAAUUGAGAUUUAUCGAACUAAAACAAAGUUUUAAUAAUAGUUGCUACAAUUUUCUACACUAUUAUUCGAAUAUCAAUAAAAGAUAUUUUUAUUUUAAAUUUGAAGUGGAUAUUACCUUGAGUAACAUCAAGUGAUCGCAUCAUACUUUAUACUGAAGUAAAUAUAUAUGUUACAGUUAAAAAUCAUUUUUUGUUAGAACUCGUUUUCCCUGGUUAAAACUAGUUUUUACCUAAUGUCUGUUAAAACUCGAAAUACCCAUUUUAAACUAGAAUUUACUACUGAUCUACUUGAGUUUCAGAUAAAACUAAUUGUCACAUCGAGUUGUAGUUAAAACUAGCACUAGAAAAAUUAAUUUGGGAUAAAAAACAAGAUAUAGUUUUUGAUAUAUUUAUUGAAAAUAUUUAAGACACAGAACCAAAUAAUCUAACACUGGAGGAACAUUUUAGGGAACAUCGACUUAACCCUUAAAGGACGGAGUUUUUUGUUUAUAAAUAAUGAAUAUUUGGCAGUUUCGUUUAAUAUAACCCAAAAAAACCUUAAGAUAACAAAAUAAAUCUUUAGUUUCUUUAAACCAGAUGUUACCACAUGGCAAUGCUAAAUUUGAUAUUUGUCCAAUGUAAUAUUAGAAAUAUUAUUUCUUUGUAAGACAGAAACACAGAAAGUUUAAAAUUGGGAAAUUAAAAUUAAUAUUACAAUUUAAGUAGAGACCUACAUUGCAUUUAAUGCAGAUACGCAUUAUUGAAUUCUUUCACUCUUUUAAAGAACUCAAUGCACUUCCUAGCAUCAGAGUGUUUGAAUUUCAGUUUUCAUUUUUUGCGAUUUCAUUCAUCUGAUGUAUUGUUUUCCCUUGUUGUCCCCCUUCCUGUGCUAUUUGUUGUAGCCAAGUUUUCAUGGGUCUCACUUUCCAUCUUUAAUUAUAUCUUUUUGCUUAUGUCACUUUUCUUAUUAUAUUUUUGGUGUUUACCUCCUUUUUUAUCCUAUCCAUCCUUCUUGUCCCUGCUAUUUUCCUUAGCUGCUUCAUCUCCAUAUGCAAAAGUGGUCACUCUAUCUAUUCUUUGUCCUUUCAUUAUAACUACCAUUGUUUUGCAUUCUCGAUAUUUACUACCAUUCCCAGGUCUUCUAUUGUUUUUAGCCAUAUGUUUACUGUUUUUUCCAUUUUCUUGAAUGUAUCAGCUAUGAUUACUAUAUCGUCUGCAUAUACUAAUCCUAGUCUAUUUCUACCGGUUCUAGGUUUCUGUAGCUAAUUAUUGUAACGGUUUUCUAAUUUCCGAAUUUAUUUAAACUAUUUUUCAACAAUUUGUUCUAAAAAAAUAGUUGCUGUUUAUAAAAAGCAUACUUCAAAGGCAAUAUCAAAGACGCCGCCGCAUUCGCCAAAUUUUAUAAUUCCAUUAUAGUUUUACUCAACACACUAUUUACACUACUAUUACAUAACAGUCACAAUUACACUGUCUAACGCGCGUUUCGAUAAGCAACUUAACGUCCUCAGAUAAUAGUUUUUUGCGUGAACUCACUGCACUGGGGAGAUUUAUGGGUAUAUUAUAUAAAAAGUGCAAACUUAAAAAAGGAUUGUUCUAUAUUGUUAAGAAUGUAUUUUCUUAUUUAUUCAGUGAGGUAAUUAUUUAAACUUUGUUUUAAUUUUAAUGAACAAACUUGAGGAAGUGAUCAGUAAUUGUGUAUUUUGUCAAGUACCAAUAUAAUUUGUAAUUUUGAAAAUGGUUUGGAUAUUUUUCAAAUCUCUUAGAACCUCUUAGAUAUUUGUAAAAAAAAUCAAAUCAAGUUUAACCACCACCGUUAACAAACCAGUUGAUAUUGGAUUGUUUUUUCGCGUAUGCAGACAAAAUGAAAUGAUAUUUUGAAUUUCUUUGAUCUGUUGAGACAAAACGAGGGGGGCCACGACCUCCCCCUGGAGCAGCGAAAAUAAAACUUAAAUUUGUAAAUAAAAAAUUAGGGCGAGUGAUAAUGUUUUUAUUAAAAAUGAACUAAAAACGUGAAUGUAAAGUUUGUUUUAUUAGUACAUACACAACGGCUUAUUGAUUCUGUAAUGUUGUUCUUAUUCAUAUAUACUGGUUCUAUUCAUAUGGUGAAUUCAUAAACACUGUCUCUGACGUAAUUUAUUUAAACACUUUACACUACACUUAACUAAUUUGAAUAAUUUAAAUUCUACUUUGCUAUUGCAUUCUGUUCACUAUGACUAUUUAUUAUAAACUAAACUAACUGAGUUAAACGAACUUGUUUAUAUAUCCAAAUGAAGUGCUCAAUAUUCUAGAAAAAAAAAGAAACAAGCAAAUAAAUAAAUAGACCUUCCUAGAAAUUAGUUCAAAAAAAAACAAUGUAAACAGAUUGCCUGCUAUGAUAAACAACUGAUAUUAAAAACAAACAUCAGAUGAAUUCCGGAUAUAUCAAACGUGUAGUGUGUUCGCCGAAUUUUGGAAUUCCACUACAACCAGACAGCACCGGCUCCAGGGUUUAUAUCGCGGACUUGUUCAUAACAAUGCUAAUACUAUAAACUAUACUGAAAUGUAUGUAUGUAAUUUUUUAAUUAAAUAGCACAAAAUUAGUCGCCUUGAAGGAUUUUACAUUAGUCUAGUUUAUAUACUGUAUGUGGUAUUGAAUAUGAGUUUAUUUCAAUGAUAUUUGUUCCAACUUCACAUCAAUACAAACAGAAAAAGAACAAGUGAAGGUCCAAGAAAAAAAAUGGACGUUAUAACUAAUAUAAAAAGGGUGUGAUAGAAAAUGGUGAAAGAAACUAAGAACAAUGAUGAAAUAAAUGAAAAUUCACAUAAGUCUUAGGUAGAAAGAAAUGUGUACUUUAUAAAAAAUAGAAUUUUUUGAGAAUUAUGUUGGUACCUUAUAAUGUAUUGGUUUUAGUACUUGUUAUAUUUUUUUUUGUUAAUAAUUAUUUAUAAUGAUUUUUAAAUAGAUAUUAAACACUAUUAUCGUAAUUUGAUACUGGACACUGAAUAUAGAUUUACAAAAGUAUUUGUGUUUUUUUUUGAA